AUGGCUUUUCAGUAUCAGAGGGACUGCUACAUGCAGGGGUUUACUACUUCUGUGGUGUCCUGUGCGGAAGCAGAGCUGCAGCUCGAGAACAAUGUAAAGAAAGAGAAAGUAAAGGGCUAUAAUAUCAAGCUGAAAGACACCAUUCUCUUUCCCGAAGGAGGGGGUCAGCCUGAUGACCGGGGGACCAUCGGGGGUGUGUCUGUGCUGCGUGUCCUCAGACAGGGCCCUGAUGCGGUCCACUUCGUGGGCUCCGCCCUGCAGGAGGGCCAGGAGGUGCAGCUGAAGGUGGACUGGGAGCGGAGGUUUGACCACAUGCAGCAGCACUCAGGGCAACAUCUUGUUUCAGCGGUGGCUGAAUCCAUGUUUGGAUAUAAAACCACAUCAUGCCCACUGGCUGCUAUGUCUUUCAACAUCCAGGGCAAUAUGCUAGCCAGCGCUUCCGAGAAGGGCACAGCUAUCCGUGUCUUCAGUGUUCCUGAUGGUUUGAAGCUGUUUGAGUUUUGA